AUGCCCGACGCCAAAUCAGCACCGGCACAGCCGCCGGCCAAAGGCAGCGCGGCCACGCCAAAACUGAACAACGAGAUGGAGCUCGGUGCUCUCAACGGCGGAAGCUCGGCGGCCGGCGGUGCCGCGGCCGCGGCGGACGAGCAAAAGGACAUUAUGCACCUCGCGCGCGUGGGCGAUGUCCCGGCGAUGCAGGCCCUCUUUGCCGAGGGCGAGCUCGACGCCACCUACACCGACGCCGAGGGCAUUACGCCUCUCCACUGGGCUGCCAUCAACAACCAGUAUGCCAUGUGCACGUUCCUCCUCGACAACGGCGCGCCCAUCAACCAAAAGGGCGGCGAGUCCGUCGCCACGCCCCUGCAAUGGGCCGCCCAGCGCUGCCACUACUACACCGUCCACCUGCUCCUCCAACGCGGCGCCGAUCCCCUCAUCACCGACUCGCAGGGCUACAACACCCUGCACAUCUCCACCUUCAACGGCAACGUCCUGCUGCUCGUCCUCCUGCUGCACCAGGGCAUCCCUGUCGACGUCCUCGACGGCUUUGGCCACACGGGGCUCAUGUGGUCGGCCUACAAGGGCUUCCCCGCCUGUGUCGAUCUGUUCCUGCGCUGGGGCGCGAGCGUGUCGGCACAGGACGAGCAGGGCUUCACGGCGCUGCACUGGGCCCUCGUCAAGGGCUCGCCGGGCUGCAUCCAGAAGCUGCUCGAGUACGGCUCCGACCGGUUCGCCAAGACGGCGACGGGCAAGACGCCGGCCAUUACGGCCCAGGAGCUCAACACGGCGGCGGCGUGGCACAAGGCGCUGCGGGAGUGCGGGUACGACGAGGACGGCAACCCGACGGCGCCGGCAGCCGGCAGUGUGGUGGCGUUGCUGUCGAGCGUGCCCGGCGCGGCGGCGCUCGUGGCCGACAAGCGCGGGUUUGCCACCAAGUUCUUGUACCUCUGGCCGUUUGUCAUUGUCUGGGCCAUGGUCUCGCUGCUGGCGGACCUGCCCGUCUACCUGGGCGUCCCGCUCUCGCUGGCGGUGGGCUACGGCAUGCAGACGAUUGCGCAGCAGGUCGUGCAGCAGGCGCCGCCGGACAUGCGCCAGCUGCAGCGCACGCCCUGGCUGUCGGGCAUCUUUGCGGGCAGCCUGUUCUUGGUCGCCAUGACCUGGCUGUUCCGCGUGCUGCCGGCGACGACGUGGCGCGUGGCCGCCCACACGACGGCGACGUCCACGCUCAAGUCGGCGGGCGACACCAUUGUCACGACGCACUGGCUGCUCAACCUCGUCUUUGCCGUCGCGCUCGCGCUGACGACAUACUACUACGCAGUGAGCAUGACGUCGGACCCGGGCUUCGUGCCCAAGCUCAACGGCAUUGCCGAGCAAAAGGCCGUCAUCGACGACCUCAUUUCGCAGUGGAAGUUUGACGAGGCCAACUUCUGCGUGCCCUGCAUGAUCCGCACGCCGCUGCGCAGCAAGCACUGCCGCCGCUGCCAGCGCUGCGUCGCCAAGCACGACCACCACUGCCCCUGGAUUUACAACUGCGUCGGCAUCAACAACCACCGCCACUUCUUUUUGUAUCUCAUCAACCUGACCGUCGGCGUCGUCGUGUUUGAUUUCAUCGUCUACUACGCGCUCGCGGCGGCCGUCGCCGCCGCCGAGGCCGCGGCCGUGCCGGGCUACGACCGCUGCAACCUGCUGUCGCCGUCGCUGUGCGUCGUCAUCAACGCCGACGCCUUCACGCUGCUCGUGGCCGUCUGGGCCUCGCUGCAGCUGUCCUGGGUGUCCAUGCUGCUGUUUGUGCAGUUCAUCCAGGUGUCCCGCGCCAUGACCACCUACGAGAACAUGUACGGCGUCAGCGCGCACGGCCACGGCCACGGCGGCGUGAGCGCGCUGCAGUCGGCCUUUACGUCGACGGGCGCCCCCCUCAACCCGGGCCACGCCGCGGCCGCUGGCGACGACGGGCAUGGCCAUGGGCCUGGUGCGCACGGCCACGGCCAUGGUGGCCACGGCCACAGCCACGGCGGCUUCCUCAAGCAGUGGAGCAAGAUUCUGGGCGUCGACACAUUCAUCGAGACGGCGACUGGUCGCGGCGCGGCGUCGGGCGGUCCCGGCACCAAGCGGCGCAACAAGAACCCCUACUCCCGCGGCUGCCUCACCAACUGCAAAGACUUUUGGUGCGAUCCGGCGCCCCUGUUUGGCCAGCGCGAGACGGGCAGCGCGCUGCUCGGUGGCGUGACCGUCAACUACACGGAAAUGUACGAGUCGCCGCGGCUGAUGGAGGCGACGCGGCGGAAGCGCAACAACAACGGCGCCGCAUACGAGGCCGUGGCGGGCGACGAGGUGUAG